AUGGACUCCGAUAACAAGAUGAUCACCGUCGAUUGGGAUCAAGAUCCAUUGACAUUUACCUUACCUCCGGAAGCACAGAUGCUCAACCUGCGUCUGCCCAAGCAGUCUCGCUCAAGGGCUCUCUUCACUGUUUCGGCCGUACCAUUCUACUUCACCAUCUGGCUGAUGGUGUACGUCUUCUUCUCCUUGCCCAUCACAUGUCUGUCGGUCAACUUCACACAAGCCACGUGUGGCACACCUGGAGUAUCUUGGCUCUGCGACACAGUGAAGAAGAUUGAGUGUGGCGGAACGGCAACCAAGCUGAUCACAUCUCUUUUCACCGGCUACCUGCCCAUGUUGUUCGGUCUAUUUUGA